AUGAUAUUUUUUGGCGCCGUAUCAGUGGUAGCUGGGGCGCUAACGUUAAUUUUGCCGGAAACAAAGAACUGCUUAUUGCCCUCGUCGCUCAAUGACGCAAAGAAGACAACUGGAUAG